AUGAUCUGUGAGAUAGGAGGUUCCUCGGCGGAGGAACCAGUGGCAAAGAGAUCGAACGGGAGACGACGAGCUGCCUCUCCUCAGAUCCGUGAACUGGAGGAGAUGAAGGCUCCGGUGAAAGAGGCGGCGGCUGGUUAUAUCAAAGUCGGCUGGUUAAAGGCCUCCGUGGCGGAAGCACGGACAGUGAAGGAGGCGAAUCUCUGGAACAGUAUUCAGCUGGAGAAGACGACGACAGAGCAACACCUGGAUACGACGGCUCGGUGGCCAGGGCUCCUGACGCAGUGGCCGUGCCGAACUUGGGCCUCGAUGGGAUCAUCUCUCCCCUUCGUGAUUUGUUUAAGGGCCCAGGCCCAGGCCCAUCUUCAAAGAUUAACAAAGGAAAGGAGUUGGGUUUAG